AUGCAUUUCACUUCUCUCCUCAGCCUUGCUCUAGCAAGCACUCUCAUUUUCGCCUCCCCCCUCAAACCUCGCGCUCUCGGCCUUGAUGAUAUUCUCGUUGUCGUGGAUGGAAAAGUUGAAGUAAAGAACAAAGCCGAGUACCUCGUCGAAAUGAAAGAUUUCUUACCAGCAGCAAACCUCACACCCCUACCUCAACCAGCUCCAGAGGAUACCAAUACAACAACCCUCACCAAACGGGCCUGCAAGUCUACAAGGGUUGUGUACAACGAGGCCCCACAGACAUUUCUCAACUGGGAUGUCGCCAUGUCCAAAGUCGUCAAAGCAGGCGCAUCAGACGCGACUGUAUCUGUGACACAAGGCUAUCAAAUCUCAAACUCGGUCACCAAGAGUGGCAGCUUAGCACUCAACUUCUUCACCAACAUGUUGGGACUCAACUUUGGAGUCUCAUCGACUCAGACCUGGUUCUCUAGCUACAACGCAGCCUACACAUUCCCCAUACCAGCCGGAAAGUUUGGCAAUGUUGUCAGUAACCCACUUACUACCCGACACUCCGGCUAUGUUUCAACCGGCUGCGUUGGAGAGAUGGGUGAGAAGAACACAUUCAUUAGUGAUUCUUACACUGACAAGGCAUUCGAUGGAUUGAGCUGGGUCGAUGGUAUUAUUAGUCUCUGCGUUGGAGAUGAGUACCCAGUCAAGAAGUGCAUUGGUGAAGGAACCACCACUUAA